GCCAACGACUGGCGCUGACGGCAGCAACGGCCAGUGAUGUGUCCAUGGGUGUUACUGGAGCGAAGGCCGGCAUCAUCAUGCUCGUAAACAUGGCACGGAGAGGGUAGUGACGCCACGAACACAUCGCAACAUCCACAAUACGUAACCUACGAUAAGAUCGAGGUGACAGCCGGAGAAGACCCUUCGCAGCUGUGUAGGAAGGUGGCAGUGCGUGAGACAUCAUUCAGACUGGAGUGGGAGCAGUGCUCCUCCCAGCAGAGGGUUGUCUGCUUCUCCGACGACACCACGGCAGCGGAGACGAGACCAGCUGGUUACCGGCCGAUGCUGACGGUCUUUAGAGACAACGCCGCACAGCGCAAGGCCGCCCAUCAGACUCCGAGACUUCAACCUGUCAAGAGCACCGACGACAGCGAUGACAUCGACACGGUGCUGCAGGUGUCCGACCCGGCUCAGUUAACGAAGCUACGGCUGAAGGUGCGCUGCGGUGACGGAGACAGCGUCGUAAAGGACCACUUUGUCCUCAGCAGGUCCGAGUAUGAGACGAGCUGGUGGCUUGGUAACUUCACCGUGGUGAACCAGCUGGUUCCUCAGGUCGAACGUAACACCCUCGGCGUUGGGGCAUUCUGGUGUCAGCGUUACGUUGAAGGAGUUGUGGAUCCGGUGACCAGCAACAGACUCUUCGUCACGACGUCGAAGGACAUGCGCCUGCUGGUGGGCAGUCGCGAUCACGUCGUGAGUCUGCUCCAGUCGCUGCUAUCUGUUGAAGACAGCCAGGACGACUACUACUUUGAGGAGGGUCCUGGACGCGGAGGAGAGGAAGUCUUUGAACGUGUGCCGGCUUCAUCCGACUUUGAAACAGAGUUGAGGCGGGUGACUCGUCGCGCUGUUGGUGUCGGCGGCGCUGGUCUGCAAUACUUGGGCUUGUAUGAUUUCUUUGACCCAUCGAUCAUCCGCGGGUCAGAGAUGUCCAGUGAGACCUCAGGGAUUGUCUCGAACAUGACGGUGACACUCAUGGUGGAUGUGCGGAAUGUUAACGCUUCUUCUCUUCCAAUGGUGUUCCGGUGCCAGGCUGGGAAUGUCCGGGGGCCGCCGACCACUGAGGCCGAAGUGACGCAUUACCUGUGGGAGACCGUGGCAACCCCAGGCUUCAUCCCGUCAGAGCCAACGUGCCUGACGGACGGCGGGUCGGCGCGGGUGGAGAGACGUUGCAUCCCAAGUCUGGACAGAGGAGCAGCGUGGGGCGCCUUCUGCGCGGCUGGCGUGUGUCACGACUACCUUCCCCCCUGCGAGCCGCCGCCGGCCGUGUGCCCCGAGGGUUUUGUGCGGAACGCCGCAGUGAUCGUCGAGAGAACUGUCCGCUGCGAUGAGUCGCACGUCGUGCUCUGCGUGGUGAGGACGGCGCUGUAUUUCUCCUCUAGCGCGGCCAACGGCCUGUGGUCCCGCAACAGCUCUCUCGGUGAGCGCGUGUCGGUCGCCUUGCUGGUACCGGCCUUGGACCGCAUCAUAUCCAUCGCUGUUUCCGACUCUCCUCCUGUCCUCUGGGCAUCAGCGGCCGACAUCUGCGCGCAGAGCAACUUUUCCCUCGCCAGUGUAACGUCGCAAGUGUAUCGAGACGCGGUGGGGCUCUUGAGUAGAUCUCUGUACGGAGCAAGACGGCUGAAAAUGGCGGUGAACCUGCUGCGACGUGACGGCGAGCUACGAUGGGCUGACGGAUCGCCGCUGACGUACCCCGCCCUGUCACCAUCGCUCUCCAUGCUUCGGCACCACGACCGCGGAGUCAUGAACUCUCGCAAUGGCCAGUACAGCCUUGUCAGCGCUGAAGAGUCUGCUGCAGACGUUGCCGUUUGUGAGAGGACCUCAUUUCCGCCUGCCGACGAACCUCUGGUGCCCGACGAGAUCGAGUCUGAGAACGGUGAAAAGAUCGAGGUUGAUGAUCCCAUGUUGAUCCGGAACUGGUUCGCGUCAAUACUGGUGACCCUGAAGCCGGCUCGCUGCUGUCCUCGGCAGCGCACCGAGCAGCCCGUACGGCUGACCUGGCCGCGGACCUGCACCGGCGACGCAGCAGCCACCUCCCUCGAGCUGUGCGUGGAUGGCGGCGGCCGACCGGCGCUUCGUCGCUGCGUGGGCGGCCCGCUAACGGGCGUCGAGUGGGGCCCGGUGGAGCUGGGCGGAUCGGCGAGCGCCGUUGUCUCCAACACCUCAGGCAGCCUGCACAAGCUGGCGCACACGCCGGUAGCGGCCAGCAAUGUGGUGCAUACGGCCGGCGAGCUGGAGCGACUGACGAGCUCGCCAGCACUGCUGGUCGCACAGGACAUCGCCUCAGUGGCGACAACUCUAAACAACGUGCGGUGGGAGUUGGAACGACGGCUGCCGAGCACGGCCGCCGCCGCGCUGAACCUGCAGAGAAGCGCCGUCAUAGCCGUCGACCAAAUCAUGGACGCGGACUCCGCGGUGCUGGAGGCGGCCACCUCGUCACUGGGCGCGGGACCACGGAGCGUGCGUGCGCUAGAGCGCAUUCUCGUCACAUCAUCCGCGGUGAAUGCCCCCGUUGUGACGGGCAAGAACGUGGCGGCGCGGGCUGGUGCAUUUAGAGGCGUCACCUCGUUGUCGCCGCACAUCAACGUCUCAACCGUGCGACCAGUGACGGAUACGGACCCCCUGUCCGUGAUCUUCGGCAAGGAGGCAGCACUGGUGCUGGUGGACAGCAGGCUGCCGGCCGACGCCGUCUUCGUCACGUUCCGUGACGGGCGCCUGCUGCAGUCGCCCGGCCAGCGCGUCACCAGUCAGGUGGUCAGUGUACUGAUUCCCAGCGCAUCUGCCGAGGAGGGUCCUCGCAGGACGGUGCUAGCCGCGUUCCGCAGUCGCCCGGGAGCUUCGGCGCCCACUCCAACCUGUGCCUUCUGGGACUUCCACUCCGCUGAAUGGUCUACGCGCGGCUGCUGGCUGGAGGAGGUACGUAACGGCAGUGACGUCUGCACGUGCAACCACCUGACCAACUUCGCGCGCGUCUUCAACUACGAGCCCGACAUCUACCUGAGCGAAGCGCACCACCGCCUGCUGGAUGUCAUCACCUAUGUCGGCUGCGCGCUCUCGCUUCUCGGUCUGGUGCUCACCAUGCUCACGUUUGUCCUGCUCAAGAAGUGGCGUCGCCUGCGCGGCAACCAGAUCGUGAUGCACCUGAGCGUGGCGCUGACCGGGGUGUACGUCAGCUUUCUGGGCGGGCUGGCCGCCCCCGGAUACCACGUCGCCUGCAGCUGUCUGUCGGCGCUGCUGCACUACUUCCUGCUGGCGGCUGUGCGCGUACUUGGCACCUACAUCCCUGGUUUCAUGCGCAAGGCGAGCCUGUUUGCCUGGGGCGGUUCCCUGGUGCCGGUGAUUUGCGUGCUUGCCGUGCGCCACGAAAGCUACGACGGCCACGCGGACAUCUGUUGGAUGGACUACGACAGUUUCUAUUACGCAUUCGCUACACCUGUGCUGGCGGUGAUGGUGUUUAACGCGACUGUGUUCGGCAUGGUGGUGCACGCGCUGAGCUGCGGCCGCCAGAAGGGUCUGCGAACCAACCAGUCGGAGCGGCGGCAGGCACUCACACGUCUGCGGGUGGCCUUCGUCAUCUUCGUCCUGCUCGGCCUGCCCUGGGUGUUCGGAUUUUUGGCAAUCAGGGAGGCUCGAUUCGUCUUUGCGAGCCUCUUCUGUGUCUGCAACAUGUUACAAGGGUUCGCCAUAUUCCUGCUGAUGGUGGUCGGAGAGCGGAGCGGACGAGAGCUGUGGCACACGCUGCUGGCAGGCAAGUGUUGCGCUGGCGAGGACGAAACAUCCACCUCCACGAGAGCCCCGACUGCCACUACACCUAGCUCCAGCGGUCCAUCAAAAUCUGCGCAUGUUCAGCAAGAAAGCCGUCUGUGAGGCAUGCCAACCACAACGCCUCCGAAGUGCUAAAGGGGUAGGGCCUACCAAAAACAAUAGGUUUUUAAGUAUAUAUGCUUAAAGAAGCAGACCGCCUUUCGCAGCCAUUCGACAUCCUUGGUGAUGCCGACAGUAUUCUCUUUACAGCGUAAUAAUUCUGCAAAGUUAGUGUGGAUUUAGUGCGUGCGCUGUUGGCGGUGUGAACGCGAAAGCGAUGCUCCCAGUAUGGCUUCCAUGGCUUUACGGCCCAAGAUGACCCAUUCCCAAGACGAUUGCUUUUUAGUCGUUUGGGUGUCUUUGGGUUGAAACAUUUACUCCCAUCAUCCCGAUGGCGUUAGGCUAUGCUUGCUUUGUGGGAGCGUGCGAUCGACAUGCGGGAUAUGGUUUGCGAGUGUCGGUGCGGCUUGCGAACAGUCUAUUUGUUCUCACUGUGGGCAGUCCCAUUAUUAGUUAGCAUCCGUGCGCAUCGCUACACCAUGAUAUUCUAUCAUACAAUGCAUCUGGACCCGUGUUAUUACCUGCUUUAGAUGAUGUUUGUUAACUAC